CUCGCGCGCACAGACGACAGACGCAUCCUGAUCGAGUUAACUAACCCAUCUACACCGCAGAACAGCGUUAACUAACCCAUCCAGUCACCGCUGAGCAGCUGGGGAUAACAGCGAAUCGAUCAGAGCAGUAAACAACCGUCUCUUCGAGAACUCAACAGGUCACAAUGUGUAACAUGGAGCCUCUUUUACCUGGAUUCAGAAACGCACUAAAGCGUCAGGCAGCGUUUGAGCUGUUCGAGGACCCCAUGUCUCUGUUCUCGGGGUGUUAUCCGGUCGAGGAGGAGCAGGCGGCUCAGGAGGUCCCGUCCGGUCUGGACUGUCUCUCUCAGGAUGUCGGGGUGUGCUCCGUUCCUCUGCUGACCCCCUGCAGUAAAGCCCUGGUCAGUCAGGCGCUGAAGGACAGCUUUAACGGCUUCUCCAAGGUCCAGCGUGUCUGUGGGAUCUCCAACAACCCGUGUAAGUGGACCAAGCAGCACGUCCUGCAGUGGCUGUACUGGGCGUCCGGAGAGUUCAGUCUGACCAACAUCAACUUCUUCAAGUUUGACCUGAGCGGACAGGAGCUGUGUGACCUGGGCAAGGACGGAUUCCUGGAUUUGGCUCCGGAUUUCGUGGGUGAUAUCCUGUGGGAGCAUCUGGAGCAGAUGAUGAGAGCGUGUCAGGAACAGGAAGAGGCCAGAGUCUUGAGUCGCGAUGGCAGCUGGUCGAACGGUGUGGGUCUGGAGGAGUGUUCUCUGAAGGUCCCUGAGUCUCGUGGCAGUCUCCUGCGGGAUCUCUUCCAGACGUCGGAGGACUCCGGUCUGCUGUCGUGUGGUCAGGAGCUCUCUCUGUACUCCAGACCUCAGCUCAGCACGGUCAGCGUCAGCUACAUGAAAGCGUUGCUCUGUUUCUCCACAGUCUCGUCCUGCGAGCAGACGUCGGUGGAGAGUGUGGAGAGUGUGGAUGGCUCUGAGAGUGUCCUGCGCUCCUGGGGCAGUCACUCAUCGCUCGCUGAUGCCCAGCGCGUCCCGUCCUACGACAGCUUCGAGGAGGAGCUGGUCUCUGCUCCGCUGGGCCUCAGCAAACACGGCCUGUCCUUCAAAGACUACGUCCAGGAGAGGAACGAGCCGCUGGAGCAGGGCAGAGCCGUGAUCCCCGCCGCCGUGCUCGCUGGAUUCACCGGAAGUGGCCCCAUCCAGCUGUGGCAGUUCCUGCUGGAGCUGCUGACGGACACCAGCUGUCAGAGCAUCAUCAGCUGGACCGGAGACGGCUGGGAGUUCAAGCUCACCGACCCCGACGAGGUGGCUCGCCGCUGGGGGAAGAGGAAGAACAAGCCCAAGAUGAACUACGAGAAGCUGAGCCGAGGUCUGCGCUACUACUACGACAAGAACAUCAUCCACAAGACGUCAGGGAAGCGCUACGUGUACCGCUUCGUCUGCGACCUGCAGAACCUGCUGGGAUACACGGUGGAGGAGCUGCACGGCAUUCUGGGAGUUCAGCCGGACACCGAGGACUGAAGCGGCGGCGGGAACCCUGCGUCACGUCCAGACCUCAGCGGGGGUCUCUGUUUACGGGGAGCGACCGGAGCGCGAUUCUCCUUGCGGUUCUUCGGUCAGCCGAGCGUUAAAGACACUUUUAAACACUUGACACUGGGUUUGAUCUUUCCACGCUGUGUUCACUCAACCAGGUGAUUCCUGUAACAAAGCAGAUUAACCAACAGACGAAAGCCUGAAACGCACAGAGAGUUGAUUUUCCGGGAUUGCCUUA